AUGGCGUCGGAUCAACUCUUGUUUUUUGGUGACCAGACUGUCGAAACUGGUCCCUUCCUGCGCGACCUUUCCCAGAAAGCAAAAUCCUCGCGGAACCUUCAGAAGUUCCUCCUCGAUGCAGGCAACAACCUCCGGACACAUGUGUCGACCCUCGAGGAAGGUGUCAGGAAGUUGAUACCAGAAUUUCACACCGUCGCGGAGCUCGCAGAGGCCCGAAGCGAUCCGGCUGCGCAAGCAAUCUUGUCACCGGUCCUGCUCUGCAUAGCACAGCUCGGCGAUCUCAUUCAAAGCCACAUCCGGAGUUUGUCAACCUUCGCCCACAGGCACACUUACGUCAGUUCGGAAUCGCGAUCCACGUUGACUGUCAGCGGACCUCCGUCUGUCUUGCAGUCCUUCCUGUCCUCCACGGCAAUGAUUCCUCAAGGGACUGUGCUCUUCUCGCCGACCACUGGAUCUGCCUACGACGGCGAGACUCUGUACGAGUUCCUGCGACAAGCUCUUCAUGACAUCUUCCAAGAAAAGCUCUUCCCGUCAAAAACCCUCGAUUCAGCUCUUCAUCGUUCGUCGGGCUCGAAGCUUUCGGUUCACGUGUUCGGCCCUUCUAACGCGGGAGGCUUCCUGGAGAAGUCCCUCGCUGCGUCCGGAUUCAAAGAUGCGAAGGUCCAAUUAUCUGAGAUUGCCGAGACUGGUGAACCCCAGGAUGCCAUUGCCAUUGUUGGCAUGUCUGGUAGAUUUCCUGGUGGUGACAACCUCCAGGCCUUCUGGGAUAUUCUUGUGCAAGGGAAAGACCUCCACAAAAAGGUGCCCAAAGAUCGCUUCGACGUUGACCUUCACUGCGAUCCAACCGGCAAGACCCCGAACUCCACCCUCUCUGCUUUCGGGUGCUUCUUGGACAAACCAGGUUACUUCGACAACCUCAUGUUCAACAUGUCUCCCCGCGAAGCUGCUCAGACGGAUCCAUGCCAGCGGCUGCUGCUGAUGGCAGCGUACGAAGCACUCGAGACAGCCGGCUACAGGUACGACGCCAAGCCGGAUCGAGGCAACGUCGGGUCCUUCGUAGGGCUUACGACGGAUGACUGGCGAGAGUACAACAUCAGCCAGGAAAUCGACAUGUAUUUUGUCACACGUGGUCUUCGUUCGUUUGGCUCGGGAAGACUGAACUACUUCUUCAAGCUCGAGGGGCCUUCGUAUGUCCUCGACACCGCUUGUUCUUCCAGCGCGGCAUCCAUUGAGCUGGCCUGCGCUUCGCUCCUUGGUCGUGACUGCGACAUGGCUUUGGCUGGUGGAGCCAACGUCAUGACCGGUCCGAAUCUCUGGGCAGGCCUCAGUCGAGCUGGCUUCGUCUCCCCUACGGGCUCCUGCAAGACUUUCGACGAGACCGCCGAUGGCUACUGUCGCGGGGAGGGUGUUGGCAUUAUUGUUCUCAAGCGUUUGGAGGAUGCGAUCCAAGCGGGAGACAACAUCCAGGGCAUCAUCAGGGGUAUCGCGACGAACCACUCGGCGAACGCCCUGUCCAUAACGCAGCCUCACGGCCCGACGCAGAAGAAACUAUACAACCAGGUUUUGCGUAAAGCCAAUCUGACACCCGACCAAAUCCAAUACGUCGAGAUGCAUGGAACCGGAACCCAGGCUGGGGACGUUACCGAGAUGAACUCGGUCGUGUCAACGUUUGCAUCCGGUCGCGAACCUACGAACCCUCUCUACGUUGGCGGCAUCAAAGCCAAUGUCGGUCAUGGCGAAGCAGGUGGCAAUACUUGCAUGGUUAUCGAAGAGCCGCCUCGAAGGUCUAUCAUCGGCAAGGAUCCUCGCAACGUCCAAGUUGUUACAGUUUCGGCAAAGACCCGAUCGUCGCUCAGAGGCAACAAACAACGGCUCCUCGACUACCUUGUCAGGUAUCCGAACUUAGGACUCGAGAACAUCGCGUACACUCUGACCGCACGGAGGUCCCAUCAGCCUCUGCGCUCAUCCUUCUGCGCAUCGAGUGUACAAGGCCUCAUCAAGGCACUUUCCUCACACCUUGGAAGGACCACCGACGUCGUCAACAGCGUCGGCCAGGGCUCCAUUGUGUUCGUCUUUCCGGGACAAGGGGUCAAGUUCUUCGGCCUUGCUAAGAAUCUUUACGGUUCAUGCCCGCGGUUGCAGCAGUCGAUCUUGGAACUCAACAACAUCGCCAAGACCCUGGGCCUGCCGCCGUUCAUCGAUCUCAUUCUCAGAGAACAGUCGAACGGAGCCAGCCCAACGCGCACACAUCUCGCCAUCGUGGCUCUGGAGAUUGCAAUCGCUCAGCUUCUCAAGUCGUGGGGCAUUGUUCCCAACGCCGUACUCGGCCACAGCUUGGGCGAGUAUGCGGCCCUCUGUACAGCAGGUGUGCUGACGGUCGCCGAUACUCUUCUCCUCGUCGGUCGGCGGGCUCAGUUGGUUGAGAAGCUGUGUGUGAAAGACACCCAUGGUAUGUUGGCGAUUAGUGCACCUGCGCAGAAGGUCCAGACUCUCAUCGACGAGACCCCCGGGGCGGGCAUCGCCAUCGCCUGCUUCAACAGCCCCAUGUCGGUUGUUGUCAACGGUAAAAUGGAGGCCUUGGAACGCUUCCGCACGACGCUGAGAGAAGGCAAUUCGAUCAAGUCGACCUACCUAUCGACUCCUUACGCAUUCCAUUCAGCCCAACUCGACCCCAUGCUCGACGCCUACCAGACCGUGGCCAAGUCUGCCCAGUUCUGUAAACCAUCCAUUCCGGUGGUCUCGACUCUUCUUGGGCGGGUGGUCGACAAGGAGGGUGUCUUCUCGGCCUCUUAUCUGGCCGAGCAGGCUCGCAAACCGGUCUGUUUUGAAACGGCGAUCACGGCGGCUCGUGAUGCUGGAUACAUCACCAACAACACCCUGAUUGUGGAGGCCGGGCCCGGCGCUAUGUGUCUUUCAAUGGCAAAGUCCACACUCGCUGCCCCCUGCAAGCUUCUUCCGGCGUUGCAAUCCGCAAGCUCUACUUGGGAGGCUCUUUCUCAAAUUGUCGCGGAAGCUUACACGAGUGGCGUCUCCGUGGACUGGGCAGAGUUCCAUCGUCCUUACAAGCCUAGCUUGUCCGUCUUGGACCUCCCGACAUACCAUUUCGACCUCAAGGACUUCUGGAUCCAGUACCGCGGUGGCGUUGCAGCCCUCGAAAGAGACAUGAAGACAAAGCCCUUGCAGGGUUCCCGGAGUCCCGGACAGGCGUCCUUGGGCACUUGCUUGCACCGGCUCGAGUCCGAAGACAUCGCAAAGGACAACGGCACGGUCGAGUUUUCGGUCGAUCUCCAGGAGCCGUCUUUGCGCAAGUUGAUCGAUGGUCACAACGUCGUCGGCAUCGCACUCACGCCCAGCGGCGUUUAUCAGGAGAUGGCUUGGAGCGCAGCCCGUUAUCUGCACGGUCAGAUGAGCCCGGGUGGUUCAGAUGCGCAGAUGGUUUUGCAGAAACUUGACAUCUUCUCGCCCCUUUUCCUGGCACAGUCGACGAGCCCGCAGAUCGUCACGGUCCGCGCAACCACCAAGACAGGGUCCAACACCUUCGUCGUCACCGUCAGCUCGGACAAGGACCACUCGCGCUGCGAGCUUGUCAUUGCACCUCCCCACCAGACGCAGAAGGACGAAUGGAAAGCUCGACGAGCCCUAAUCGCGCCGAGAUCCGCCGAGCUCAUGCAGCCCGCAUCUCAACAUCCCGUGUACCGGCUGUUCAAGCAGAUGGUGUACAAGAUCUUCUCUCCCAUCACGGACUACUCGAGCGAAUACUGGUCCAUCAACGAGGUGUUCAUCGACCAGUCUUUUACCGAGGCUGCAUUCAAACUGGAUCUGCGCGAGACUCCGGCCGGGUCGUCUUUCACCUACGACCCCUGCUGGCUGGACUGCAUCGCCCAAACAGCUGGCUUCCUGCUCAACUCCAAUGCGUCCAAUCCGGCAGACGUGGUUUACAUGUCUACCGGUUGCGAUGCCUUGAAGCUCAGCAACGAGCUGACAGGCGGGAGGCAGUACCUCUGUUACGUCCGCGCGGAGAUUUCGGACAACGGCAGCAGUGUGAUCUGUGAAACGACCGUCUUUGACGAGACCAGUGCCGUUGCCAUCGGCGAGGGUCUCAAGUUCAAGCGGGUGAAGAAAGCCCGCCUCCGCCAACUGCUUGGCUUGCCUUCAGCAACACAAUCCGAUGCGGUCAAGAACAAGGCUGCUCCGCUAGAGCAGAAGAUUGCCGUCGAGAAGGAAGACAAGCAGCCCCGAGUGACCAGUGACUCCACCGAUAAGCCAACCGCAAAGGUCUCCCGUCGCGAAACUUCGGACCAUGAGCAACUCUCCGCCGUACUGAAGGUUAUCAGUGCCGAGGUCGGGACUCAGCUGGAGGACGUGGAGAACCACACCACACUGGAGGACUUGGGCGUCGACUCCCUCCUCACGGUCGCCAUCACCUCCAGACUGAAGUCGGAGCAGAACAUCGAACUGCCGGCGACCCUCAUCGCCGGCCCGACCACGAUAGCAGAGCUCAUUGCCUACUUUGACGAUUCGAUGGCGGAUAUCGUUGACGAGCCCACCGACGAGAGCGGCGCCUCUACCCAGAAUUCGCCAUCGUCCGCUAUCUCGACUCCGCCGACUUUGCCAGUCGCCGAUUCCCCGAUAUCUGGCAUCCCAGGCCUCGAGGGUGUCGACAUGAAGGACAUUCUUCUUUCUGUCAUCGCCAAGGAGAGCGGGCUCGAUCCGAGCGAGAUUGGCAUGGACACCUCUCUCGCUGAUAUCGGCGUCGACUCUCUCAUGAGCAUUGCCAUCAUCGGAGCUGUGAAGGAGCAGACUGGAACCGAGCUCCCGGCUUCUCUUCUCGCGGACUGCGCGACCGUAUCGCAAGUGGUCCGCACUAUUGCCAGUGACAAUUUCCAAGGCUCACUCUCGCUAGACGACUCCAUCCUUUUUCCGUCAGAGGAACUUCUUCCCCAAGUGGUCCUUCCGCCGGUGAAGCCUUUUAACCCUGAAGAGUACCACAGCAACGUCGUCCUUCUCCAGGGCCAGCCGCAGAGCCAACAACGCCUGUUCCUCAUCACAGACGGCUCCGGUUCGGCAGCGGUCUACCUCCACCUCCCCAAACUAGCUCCGAACCUGACAGUCUACGCGCUUGAAGCGCCUUUCCUGGGCAGAGCGUCUGAGUUCACGGGCAGCAUGGAGCAGAUCGGGUCCAUCUACGCGCGCGCCAUCCGCUCCGUGCAGCCCCACGGGCCCUACAUGAUCGGCGGCUUCUCCGUGGGCGGCAUGUUCGCCUACGAGACCCUGCGCCAGCUCGUCGAGGGCGGCGAGCAGAUCCACAGCUUCCUCGUCUUCGACGCCGCGUGUCCGAAGAAGCUUCAGGGCAUCCCGGACGUGACCGUCGAGGUCUGCGAGAUGACGGGCAUCUUCGACAGCAUUUCCGAGACGGACAAGCGGAGGCCCCUGACGCUCGAGCAGAAGACGUACGUCGCGGGCUGCGUCAAGUGCGUCAUGAACUACGACCCGGUUCCCCUCCCGGCGCAUGCCAGGCCGGUGCACACGUUCAUCAUCUGGGCCCGGAACGGGUUCUUCGACAAGCUUUCUGACAAGGUCAUCGAGGCGGACAAGAUCCUGACGGCCAAGAGCGGCCUACAGAAGGAGGCUAACCCGGACUGGAUGGAGUGGUUGACCGUGGAGCGUAGUUCGUUUGGUCCUAGAGGCUGGGAUAGGUUAGUCGGGGAUGUCGAGACGUUUGUCGUCGAUGGUGAUCAUUUCUCCAUCAUGAUGCGUCCAAGGAUCACCAACGAAACGGGACCUCUGGUGCAGAAGUUGGCCAAGAAAAUGGUAUCGACGCUGAACAAACCUCGACAACUAACGCAAGUUGCCGAGUCCCCCGCAGCGCUUCAAAAGAUUCGAGACACGUUCAAGAACUCAACUGAUCUCGUCCUCGGCUUCUCCGACGAGGCAGGAUGCUCCGGGUUCUGGGACGAGGUGUUCCCUACCCAGCAACAGUUGGUCUUCGCCUUCGUCACCGAAUCGCUGGCCCGGAUGAGCUGCAACCUAGACGCGCUUGCGCCCGGAGAGGCUCUGAAAAUCACCAACACUCUCCCCAAGCACCAAAAUCUGCUCCAGAUCAUCUACAAAAUCCUCCAAGACGGCGGUCUGGUCAAGCCCCAGCACGGCAGGUUCCUCCGAACCUACCAGCCCGUCGACAAGACACCCUCGUGGGCGAUCUACAACCAGCUCAUCCGAGACCAUCCCCUCCACAACAGCGAGCACGAACUCCUUCAAGUCGCGGGCUCCAAGCUGGCCGAGUGCCUCACGGGGGCGAUCGAGCCGCUCAGCCUCAUCUUCGGCAAGAGCCGCGGCCUGCUGCAGGAGUUCUACACCAACGCGCCCAUGUUCGUGGCCGCGUCCAAGUUCGCCUGCGAGAUCAUCGGGCGCGCGUUCGCGGGUGUUACGUCCCGCGUCGAGAUCCUCGAGGUCGGCGCCGGCCUCGGUGGUACGACAAAGUACGUGCUCGACAAGCUCGUCGAGAACGCCGUCCCCUUCACGUACACGUACACGGACAUCUCGUCCUCCUUCCUGGCCGAGGCGAAGAAGAGGUACGCCCACCUGCCCCCGGGCAGCGUCGAGUUCGUGCCGCUGGACAUCGAGAAGACGCCCCCCGAGAAGCUGUGCGGGCGGUUCCACGCCGUGCUGUCGUCCAACUGCGUCCACGCCACCAGGAGCCUCGCGGCGUCCUGCGGCAACAUCCGCAAGCUGCUCCGCCCCGGGGGCUUCGUGGUUCUCGUCGAGUUCACGACGAGGCUGUCGUGGUUGGAUCUAGUGUUUGGGCUGCUCGAGGGGUGGUGGCGCUUCGACGACGGGCGUACGCAUUGUUUGGCUGAUGAGCACUUGUGGGAGUCGACGCUGAAGGCUGUUGGUUUCGAGAACGUGCUCUGGUCGGACGCUGAAGGAAACGAUAAGCCGAAUCCUCAAACUCUCGUGGCUUUUUGA